UGCUGGGCAGCAGCCACGCGUAUUUUGCUCCUAGUAUCUGUGUACGCUAGCCCGCUUGUGGCACCAUUGCGAGCGAAGCGGCGUGCUGAGCCUCUCACAGCCUCCAAGCUGCGAGCAGUAGAUUAAUUUUAAUCUAUUCGUCACCGCUGAGAGCCAUCGCUUGCGAGCCACCGCCUCUCGUGCGCCAAAACGAGGAAUCGCUGCCUUGCUGCCGGCGUCGAGCAAAGCGGAUAGGCGAGGAGCAAGGAUGGCCGACGACCAGCCCCAAGUGCCCGGAAGUAAUGACGAACUCGACAAGCUCGUGAAGCAGUGCGAGGCCGCCGCCGAGGCCGUGACGGUCGCGAAACGUAAUGGCGACAAGCCGCGCAUCGACGCGGACGUCAAGGCCCUCGUCGCGCUGAAGGAGCAGAUCACGGCGAUCGCUCCCGACCACCCUUUAGCUCUCAAGGACAAGAAGAAGGCCAAAAAAGGUGGCACCAAUCAACCCGCAAAUGACCCGAACAAGCCCCUGUCCAAGAACGCGCAGAAAGCCCUCGCCAAGAAGCAGGCCAAGGAAGCAAGGAAAGCCAAGGCCGCCGCCGAGGCCGAGAAGGACAAGAAACCAGAGAAGACCGUCGCGAAGCGCAUCGCGCCGCCGCUACCGCAAGAACCGGCGCAGAAGGACGUCGUAAGCUACGGCCCCGAUCGUAUACCGCUGGCGGCCAUGGCGGCCAAUGCACUGUGCGGCGGGCCCCUCACGUUCUGCUGUGAUGAACAAAUGAAGGGGUCCGAACCGUCGUUUGUCGUUGACGGCGUGACGGUGCAUGGUAGUACCACAGCGGCGCGCUACGCGUUUACUACGUCGCUAUCACCUCUCGAAACAGCUCUGGUGGACCAGUGGACGGAACUAGUCAACAAAGGUUCUGUGGAAACUGCGCUCGAGGAGCGACUGGCGGACGCGACGUAUGUCGUGGGCGAGACUUGUACUAUUGCUGAUUGCCUCUGCUGGCAAUCAGUACAAUCAUCAGACAAGCAACACGUGAAGCGGUGGCUCCGACUCCUCGAAGCGAACCCGGCCUUCGUCAAGGCUCGCCAGAUCGCCAAGAGCGGUGGCGACGCGAAGAAAAGUUCCGGUGGCAACUGCCCGCCCCUGGAAGGUGCGGUGGUGGGCGAGGUCGUCACGCGCUUCCCCCCGGAACCGAGUGGGUACCUCCACAUCGGCCAUGCCAAAGCGGUACUCUUGAACGAUUAUUAUGCACGGAGGUACGGUGGGAGGUUGUUAGUGAGAUUUGAUGAUACGAACCCGAGCAAGGAGAAGGGCGAGUACGCCGACAACAUUUUGAAGGAUUUAAAAACGCUGGGUGUCGACGUCGAGGCGGAUAAAAAAGAUGGGUACGUUACUUUGUCUCAUACAUCGGACCACUUCGACAAGAUCAAGAAGGAAGCUAUAAAACUCAUAAAGGAGGGCAAGGCCUUCAUGGACGACACGCCGCAAGAACAAAUGAAGGUCGAGCGGGAGGGUCGAGUACAUAGCAAGCAUCGCGACGACGACGUCGAUACGAAUCUCAAGAAUUUCAAGGACAUGUGUGCGGGCACGGCGCCGCAGUGGUGUCUGCGGGCGAAGAUUGAUAUGUCGUCGGAUAACGGCACUCUCAGGGAUCCGGUCAUCUAUCGCGCGAACGCGACGCCGCAUCAUAGAACAGGCACAAAAUAUCAAGCGUAUCCGACCUAUGACUUGGCGUGUCCUAUCGUUGAUAGUUUGGAAGGUGUGACCCAUGCCUUGCGGACGACGGAGUACAACGAUCGCGACGCGCAGUACAAGUGGUUCCUACAGGCUCUGAAGUUACGACCGGUCAAGAUCCACACGUUUGGCCGCGUGAACUUUGUCAGAACAUUGAUGUCUAAAAGAAAGCUAGCUUGGUUGGUUGAUGAAAAAAAAGUGGAAAACUGGAGCGACCCCCGCUUUCCUACCAUACAGGGUGUGGUCCGGCGAGGCGUGUCGAUCAAGGCUUUGCGGGAAUUUAUUUUGUCGCAAGGAGCUUCUAGAAACGUGGUCAACAUGGAGUGGGACUCGUUCUGGGCCACCAAUAAAUCAGCCUACGAGCCGACGGCGCUGCGGCUGAUGGCUAUUGAGGCAGCAGGUUGCGUCGAGCUCGAGGUGACGAACGUGCCGCAGUACGACGAUGGGGGCAUUCACGCUCUCAUAACACAACAACAUCCGAAAGAUGAAUCGAUGGGGAUGCGGCCCAUCCGAGUCUCGAGGAAGCUUUUGUUGGAGGGCGAGGACGCCGCGACCAUCAAGGACGGCGAGGAAAUCGUAUUAGUGAGGUGGGGCUUGUUUAAGGUAACGAGGAAGGGAGAUAAGCUCACGGGAGCGUUCCAAGAAGGUGCUGAUAGGAGCACCUUCAAGAAGAAGAAGGCUAUCCACUGGUUAGCUGCUUCUCCCGUCCAGGUCGCGACCGACAUCGUCGAGGGCCAGUGCGGCCACUCGCAGUACGGCGACGUCGUGCCUUGCACGCUGAUCGAGUACGACUACUUGUUGGCGAAAAAUAAACUAGAUGAAAAUGAUGAAUUGGACACGCCUGGUGUGAUGACGCCGGUGAGCAAGGUCGAAACUCAAGCAUGGGCUGAUCCAAUGUUGAAAUUGAUCUCCCAAGGUGCGUCCCAGUGCCUGAAUCAAUUGUCGCGGCGCGUGCUCACCGGUUGAUUUGCGCACAGGCGACGUGAUCCAGUUUGAAAGGCGGGGCUUCUACCGCGUGGACGUCGCGUUCCGGCCGCCGAUCUGCAACAACGGCAAGACGACGUAUCCGCGACUGGUAUACGUGCCCGACGGGAAGCCUCAGCACAAGGUGCCGUUUUCUCGCUUGCCUUCGGCGGCGAAGAAAUAGGGUAAGGGUUUGGAUCUUA